GUUCUAAAUUUUAUAAAAAUUAUUUUAUCUUGUUUCUAAAUCACCUUUAGAGAAUUGAUACAAACAAUUAUUUUAAAACAGAAGUCUUAAAAUUGCACAUCAUGCAUCUUCAUCGUUUUCGCGUUCAGAUGCAUAUGAAUUUAAAUGUUAUGCAUUCAGUAUCUUCAUUACCGAUAAUCGGGUCACAUCAAUGUCACAUAUAGAUUAGGACCUCAAAAAUUUAAAAGUAAAGAGAAAUUAAUUAGUAUAAUAAUUUGGAAAAAAUUAAUAUUAAAAAUAAUACAUGAUGUCAGGAUUAAUAACAAAGAACAUCUUUAAUAAUCUACAGGUGGGAAAAUAUGUUAUACGGACAUUUUCCACUAACAAGGUGUUAUCUUCGGAAGAAAAAUACGUGCAAGUCAAAGAAGAUAAUGGAAUAAGGAUAAUAUCAUUAAAUCAUCCCUCUUCGCGGAAUUCUUUAUCCUUGAAAAUGAUGAAUUCUCUGCUGUUAAAUAUCAAAAAGGAUGAAAAUAGCAAGGAUCUACGAUCCAUAAUUCUUAAAUCUGAACUACCAAAUAUGUUUUCUGCCGGGCAUAACUUGAAAGAAUUGACUACUAACAAUGGGAAGCAUCACAAGGAUAUAUUUGAAACAUGUUCUGAGUUAAUGAAAGCAAUUACUCAAAGUCCAGUUCCUGUAAUUGCUGCUGUGGAUGGAAUAGCAGUUGCAGCAGGCUGUCAGUUGGUUACUGCAUGUGAUAUUGCUAUUUGUACUGAAAGGAGUUCAUUUGCUACACCAGGAGCCAAUUUCGGAAUAUUUUGUUCUACCCCAGGUAUUCCGUUGGUUCGAAAUGUAUCUAAGAAAACAGCCAUUUACAUGCUAUUUACAGGUUUAAGCCUUAAUGGAAAAGAGGCAUAUGAAGUAGGUCUUGUUAGUAAAGUAGUGCCCAUUGAAAAAUUUGAGCAAGAAAUCGAAAAAAUUACUGCCGCUAUAAAUGCGAAAAGUCGCUCAGUUGUACACGUAGGAAAAACAUUUUUAUAUGAACAGUUGGACCUUGAUUUAGCAACAGCUUAUUUCUUGGGAGCUGAAAAGAUGGUUAACAAUUUAAAGAUGAAAGAUGCGCAAGAGGGAAUUAGAAGUUUCAUUGAAAAAAGAAAACCUGUUUGGAGUCACGAUUAUGAGAAAACUAAUACACACUGAUACUUGCAUUUUAAAAUAUAACCAAUGUUAUAAUUUUUAUUAAAAAUAUUACAAGCUAACCAAAGGAAAUCAUUAAAAUUAUCGCUCAUAAGUAAUAUAAA